AUGCUCGCAAGCACAGCGCUGCGUCGCAGCCUCAAGCUGGCAAGUGCUGCCGCCCCCACCGUGCGCUUGUCACAACAGCUAUCCAAGCGAAGGUACGUGCAACAACCCUCUUCAACCGCUUCAAUCCCCAUCGUCAUCGGAAGCUCUUCGACGUCGCUGCGAAGUUUCGCGACAACGCCUCGAAGGCUAGCUGUUGAGGUAAAGCCAUACCUGCUCGCGGAUGUGGGUGAAGGCAUUACCGAGUGCGAGAUUAUCAAGUGGUUCGUACAGCCGGGCGCGGUGGUGCAGGAGUUCGAUCCGAUCUGUGAGGUUCAAUCGGACAAGGCGAGUGUAGAGAUCACCUCGAGGUAUGCUGGAAAAAUCAAGAGGCUGAUGCACAAGGAAGGCGAUGUAGCCAAAGUCGGACAUCCGUUGUGCGAGAUCGAGAUGGAGUCGGAUGGCGAGAAUGAAGCGAGCGAUGCGGGCGAGCAGCGAGCAGAGCAAGCCGAGGUCACAAGCUCCUCGACAGAGUCAGAGUCCAGAGCGGUGAAUAUGGAAGGGUUUAUGUCUGCCGAACAGAAACACUCCAACGGCGGUGGUCAUGCUGCCAGUGACCGCAGUGUUUUGGCAACUCCGGCUGUGAGGAGGGUGUCGAGGGAACACAAUGUCGAUCUAGCUCAGGUGCACGGCACUGGUCGAGAUGGAAGGAUCACCAAGGAAGAUGUUCUCAAGCAUGUUUCAAGUGCGGCGUCCAAUUCGAGCUCGUCAUCCGCCUCGUCAACGUCGGGAUCUGGCUCGGCCCCUUCAUCUCUCGCAGCGGGUACGACCGAAAUCGUUGACCUGACACCGGUCCAACGAGCCAUGUUCAAGGCCAUGACCGCCACGCUCUCGACUCCGCACUUUGCGUAUUCGGACGAGAUCGACGUGACCGACCUGGAUCAGGUGCGCGUUCUCCUCUCGAAAUCCAUCCCUGAACGCUACACCCAAGCCGGCGAUGCAUCGUUCACCAAGCUCACUCUGCUACCUUUGCUGGUCAAAGCGAUGAGCCUGGCGCUGCACGAGCAUCCCAUGUUCCGAUCGACGCUCAACAGCGACCAGAAGCUUGUCCGUCGUUCAUCGCACGACGUUUCCAUCGCUCUCACCAGCAAGGUCGGAUUACUGACUCCGUGCAUCACCGACGUUCAGGCCAAGUCGAUCUACGACGUGUCCGCGUUCAUCACUCGGCUCCAAACCGUGGCGGGCUCGUCGAAAGGUCUUGCACCUGCCGACCUCAAGCCAACAGGCACCAUCACCUUGAGCAAUGUCGGUGCUGUAGGAGGUGGCACUUACACCCACCCUUUGCUGCCUCCCACGGGACAGCUGGCUAUCGGUGCCCUGGGUAGGAGCAGAGUCCUGCCGAGGUUCGCAUCCGAGAUCCCUUCACUCGGCGUCUCCGAUCCAGACAAGAUCGUCAGAAGACUCAUCAUGUCAGUCUCGUUUACCGGCGAUCAUAGGGUCGUAGAAGGCGCCGAUCUGGCAAGACUUGUAAACAGGUGGAAGCAGCUUGUAGAGAACCCCUCGCUCUGGCUCGGUCUCCUAGCUUGA